UCCAGUUUUUAGCUUUAGACGGAAUCCUUAAAUGACACAGACUUAAACUAUAGGGAAGAGAGCGUUGUCGUUGUCUACAGUAUGGGAUCCACCCCGUCCUUUCCCAGGGUUUCUAUUCCCAAAGAAAACAUUUCAUUGGUUACCGGAGGAAAUGCAGGUGUAGGCUACCAUACUGCUAAGUGGCUAGCCAUGAUGGGUGGCACCGUUAUCAUUGCAUGUAGAUCGGAGGAGAGGGCUAAGCAGGCUAUACAACAAAUGAACAAAGAAUUUGCGGAAGAAAAACAAAAGAAGACGACCGGGGUAGUUGACUUCGAUCAACUGAAUGUUGAGUUCAUGUCUUUAGACUGUAAUUCAUUAAAAUCAGUAAUGAAUUUCGUUCAGGCGUACAAAUCGUCGGGACGGAAGCUCCACAGGUUGAUUUGCAAUGCUGGUAUUGGACUACAAGACAAAUUAUCAUACACGGAAGAUGGGCACGAACAAAUUUUUCAGGUGAAUUACCUGAGUCAAUUCCUGCUGGUAUCCCAUCUACUUCCGGUGAUGAAAACAUCCGGUCCCGAUUGCAGAAUUGUCUUGGUAUCUAGCAUGGCCCAUGAAUAUACUCACUUCGAUCCUGGGGAUAUUGAAGGGAAAAAGUAUUCUGAGCCAAAGUAUGAUACAUCGGAAUUGUACGGCAGAUCCAAACUUUAUCAAGUGAUGCAGAUGUUUCGAAUGAACGAGAUCCUGAAGGAUACUAAUGUAACUGUACUGUCCCUACAUCCAGGUUUGGUGAAGACACCGCUUCUUACUACAUUCCGAAAUGGAAUAUUUAAAGUCGUUUUAGCGGUUGCCGAUUUAAUUGGUACCUCCAAGACUCCAUUUCAAGGUGCCUGGACAUCACUCAAUGCGGGCGUUAAUCCAGAACUAGCGGGUGUCCGGGACGUGUACUUCUCCGACUCGAAACCAAAAACACCUAAGUCGGAUUCAAGGAACAAAUCAUACCAGGCAGCUCUUUGGGACUACACUAUUGAAUGUCUAAAAGAAUACCUCCCAGCCGAUAUCCUCCGUGAACUACAAUGAGAUCAACAUUAAUACCAAAGACGAGGUCAUUAUCACAACAUGUAUUGGAUCUGAGUUUUACACUAAUUUGAAAGAUAACCUCCGUGAACUACAAUGAGAUCAACAUUAAUACCAAAGACGAGGUCAUUAUCACAACAUGUAUUGGAUCUGAGUUUUACACUAAUUUGAAAGAUAUCCUCCGUGAACUACAAUGAGAUCAACAUUAAUACCAAAGACGAGGUCAUUAUGACAACAUGUAUUGGAUCUGAGUUUUACACUGAUUUGAAAGAUAUCCUCCGUGAACUACAAUGAGAUCAACAUUAAUACCAAAGACGAGGUCAUUAGCACAUGUAUUGGAUCUAAGUGUUUAAUACUAAUUUAUAAGUUUCUCCCGCCUCACUAUCAAUAAUAAUCAUGUAUAUUCGAUGAAAUAUGAAUAUAAUGAAAAUAUCUUUCAGAAAGGAUAUAAUCAUAUAGUUGUAAUAUAACAGUCAUGUUUUAUUUAUUUGUUAAUAUCUUUUGAUGACAAAUUUUCCUGGACUUUCGUGAUGUGUAUACUUAUAUUUACCGUGUUGUAAUGAUGUUUAUGAUUGUCAGUUUAUACUUGAAGUAAUCAUUGAUGUAUUUCGCAUUGAAAGAUUUCUUAUAAGUGGAACAUUAGAAUCCAAGAUAGAAGAAGUACUUUCGACGGUAAAUCAAUAAUCAAAUGAUACCAACUAGCUUUCUCUAGGACAUGAACACAAACCUGUAUACUACCACAAAGGAAUAAAUAACACGUGUUUAAAUAUUUAUAGACUCAUUGGCAGAAAAAAAUAUACUGACACUAAAAUAUAUGUGUUAUUAAAACUGUUGUGUUUA